GCAGCAUUGCGUUCACAGGUAGCAGAUGAGCGGAGACGCAGCUGCGCCUUGCAAAGAGACCAGGCUAGCUGAUCGACCUGCUGCGGCGAGUCUGAGCCAUGUCAGUGGCGGCAGGGCAACGUUGGCGCCGUCGGCCUAAAAAAGCCUCGAGCGCCUGUUUCAUUAGGCAGAGACAUCUGCAAUGUCAAUGAAGCCCGAAGACUACAUUGAGAUCUGCAAGCAGCAGCGGCAAGCAACAGAUGCGACCCCAUCUUGGCAAGAGCUCGUCGAGCUCGUACGGACAGGCCAUCUAGAGCGUUUGGGCAGGUCGACCAGAGAUGAAUCGCUCUACCAACAAUUCCGCUCAGCUGUUGCUCGGGACUAUCCUAGCGUCACAUCAUACCUAGCCAAGCGACUGGACUGGCCAAUCAAUCAUGAUGACACCCCAGAACUCUUUGAUGUGAAUAUUCCGGCCGAUUCGCUGCGAUUGAGAGUGAACGAUUGGGCGUACGACUUGCCGAAUGACGUAACUCAUUGGCUAGCUUGGUCCAAGCGACCUAUACUAGCACCAGGCGAGCUCAGAGGCGGAUGUCGCGGCUUCCUCCCUCCUCAUACCAUCCUACUCGAGCCUGACUUGACACCGACAGAGCAAGAGGCAGAUCAACGCAUUCGAGCAUUUGUCGGGCAGCGCUUUCCGCCUCAGCAUUUCGAGACCAUCUACUUUGUCAAUCCGCCCCUGCUUCAGUCUGUACUAGCAGUACCCCAUGUUCAUGUUUUUGCAAAGAGGUCUACAACUCAAGAAUAGCCGCUGAACGACCAGAUCCGCGCAUGCCAGUCACCGCUCCCUGUAGCAAGGUAGCCCCCGACUUGCGACACCGCAAUCGAAAUCACUGGUCGAUGCUACCAUCAGCCUGAGUGCUCUAGGCCACAGCACGAGACUCACCAGAGUUCUUGUGACCUUGCAGCAUGAAAUGCGCCAAGCCCGUUUGCGGAUCCCAAAAUUGCACGCCUCGGUCUUUUGAACCAGAGACGAUCCAGUGCCCGUCUGGCGAGACUGCCACUGACAGCACAUAGUCCUUCACGAAGCAAGAUCAGACGGGCCAGAAAAGCAAAGAGCUUAGACUUGCCUUGUGUCCGCUCAAAGUUUGAAUGCAAGUCGCCAGACCGCCACUGUCUUCGCGCUUGAUGCUAC